AGAGCAGCCAAUGGGAGAGGUCGUGGCCGGAGGUGAGGCGCUGCGGCAGCAGCCUGGGAAAAAAAGUGGGAGGAAGAGCGAGUGUGAGACGGAGAAACCAGUGAGGCGGCGGGGGAGGGGUGCGUGAGUGUCACCGGAGUACAACAGCCACCGGAAAGGCGCACGGAAAGCCGCUACCAUGCCUAAUAAAAACAAGAAAGAUAAAGAACCUCCAAAAGCUGGUAAAAGUGGCAAAAGUGGAAAAGAAGGCCAAGAUAAUCCUGAGCAUGAAGUAUCCAACAAAAAGUCCAACAGUACUCCCCCUCCAGCUCAGGUAUCGAAAAUAAAGGUACCCACUCCACAGGCUGUUGUUAAGAAAGAAAAGCGGCAGAGUUCCUCAAGAUAUAAUGUCAGCAAUAAUAGAGAACUGCAGAAACUACCAGCUCUCAAAGAUGUGCCCCCUGCAGAACAAGAAAAGCUGUUUGUUCAGAAACUGCGCCAAUGCUGCGUUCUUUUUGACUUUGUUUCUGAUCCUCUAAGUGACCUGAAAUGGAAGGAAGUGAAACGAGCUGCACUAAGUGAGAUGGUAGAAUACAUCACACACAAUCGCAAUGUGAUCACAGAACCUAUUUAUCCUGAGGUAGUUCACAUGUUUGCUGUGAAUAUGUUUCGAACAUUACCACCAUCCUCCAAUCCAACAGGGGCAGAAUUUGAUCCAGAAGAAGACGAACCAACGUUAGAAGCAGCAUGGCCUCACCUGCAGCUUGUUUAUGAAUUUUUCCUCCGGUUUUUGGAGUCUCCAGAUUUUCAACCAAAUGUAGCAAAGAAAUACAUUGAUCAGAAAUUUGUGCUACAGCUGCUGGAACUCUUUGACAGUGAAGAUCCAAGAGAGAGAGAUUUUCUAAAAACAACACUUCACAGAAUCUAUGGGAAAUUUUUAGGCCUCCGAGCUUAUAUAAGGAAACAGAUCAAUAAUAUAUUUUAUAGGUUUAUUUAUGAAACAGAACACCAUAAUGGCAUAGCAGAGCUAUUGGAAAUCCUUGGAAGUAUAAUCAAUGGAUUUGCAUUACCGUUGAAAGAAGAGCACAAAAUUUUCUUACUAAAGGUGUUAUUACCUUUACACAAAGUGAAGUCACUCAGUGUCUACCACCCACAGCUGGCAUAUUGCGUAGUACAGUUUUUAGAAAAAGACAGCACCCUGACUGAACCAGUGGUUAUGGCGUUACUUAAAUAUUGGCCGAAAACCCACAGUCCAAAGGAAGUCAUGUUUUUAAAUGAGCUGGAAGAAAUUUUAGAUGUGAUAGAGCCUUCAGAGUUUGUAAAAGUCAUGGAGCCUCUUUUCCGGCAGCUAGCCAAGUGUGUUUCAAGUCCGCAUUUUCAGGUUGCAGAGAGAGCAUUGUAUUACUGGAAUAAUGAGUAUAUUAUGAGUUUAAUCAGUGAUAAUGCAGCUAAGAUUUUGCCCAUUAUGUUCCCAUCCUUGUAUCGGAAUUCAAAGACACAUUGGAACAAGACAAUUCAUGGUUUGAUAUACAAUGCUCUGAAACUUUUUAUGGAGAUGAACCAAAAAUUAUUUGAUGACUGCACUCAACAGUUUAAGGCAGAAAAACAGAAGGAAAAACUAAAGCUGAAAGAACGAGAAGAAGCAUGGGUUAAAAUUGAAAAUCUAGCCAAAUCUAAUGCCCAGUACCCUAUAUAUACUGACACCUCUGCUCUGAACAGUCCUGUUGCAAUGGAAACAGAUGGGCCCUUACUUGAAGACGUACAGAUGCUGAAAAAGACCGUAAAAGAAGAAGCUUCUCAGGCUCACAAAGAUCUAAAGAAAGAACGGCCUCUUGUACGACGUAAAUCAGAAUUGCCUCAGGACAUCUAUACCAUGAAAGCCUUGGAAUCUCACUGCAGAGCUGAUGAAUUAAUAUCACAUGACGGGCAUUAGACUAUGACAAUUACAUCUUACUUUGUGGAUUCUUCUUUUUUUUCCCGGAAGCAGUUACACAGUAGAAAAUUAUUACUUUUUUUUGUGCCAUACCAAUCUGUUAAACAGUGAAAGCUUUCUUCGACCCAGUUCUGUAGGCAAUAACUAAACACAGUGUACAGCUCAAGAUUAGAUGUUCAAACAAUGGUGAUAUACCUGAUUCUGUAUGCAGAACAUUGGGUUGAAUUAUAUUAAGUAGCCACACAGCUGGCUGGAAACAGGAGUACCAAUUGGAGAUGUACAUCAAGAAGUCUACCAUAGCUCAAAGUAAAGCAUUGAUAGGAUUUACAGCGAAAUGACACCCAUGCAAAUGUCAAAUCGGUGCUUAAAGAGAUCUGCUUAUUAGUUUAACUACUAACCUUUAUUUGGUCUCUCUUAAAUGAGUGUCUGGUAUUCUUGCAGUUAGGGGAACAAAAUAGGCUUUACUUGCAUGUGCUAUAUAGAGUUCAAUGGGCAAUUUUUUGACAAUCCCAAAUAGGAUUUUCUCAAUUAUGUAUAUUGUUUGCAUUGAAUGAGCUCAUAAAUUGUUGAAGUACUUUCUGAAAGCCAUAUUUUUGUCACAUAGCAAAGUAUUACCGUUCCAUUAUACUAGAAGUGCACUAAGAUCGUGUAUUGCCCUGGGGUUGGUCAAAUAACUCUUAACGACAUACCUAAGUGUUCAAAAAUCCGUUUUUUCUUGAAAUAAAAUCCUGUUUCACUGCUGAUGUUUUUGCUGAGCAUUUGGGGUGUUGCCUGAUUUUGGCCUUUCUCUAAGACAUCAGUACUGCAAGACCGGGACAUACCAAAAGAAUUAUAUGUUAAGUGCUGACAAUAUGCAAAAGAUUAACCCUUUUGCUGCUAAAUGCAGGCAUCUCCACCAGCAAAAGGGUUAUGUUUAAGGAACUGGCAUGCAAUCCACAUUUUCUGUUUCUAUUUUAAAAGCACACUUAGUCGCACACACUUGCAGGAAAUAUGUACAUAUUUCCAUGUCAUUUUCCCAUAUCCAGGGCUGUUUUAUUUUCACCAAGGUUACAUGCAUGUUCUGCCCUUUUUGUUAUAGGUAACAAACACCACAAAAGUGAGCACUGUCAUCCUUAUCUCUAUCUCUCAGGGUGGCCAGUAUUAAUGUUGUUAUGGAAAGCAGUUUGGGAAGAGAGACACUUGUUUGGCGUGUUCCCUUUUUAAAUUGAAUACAAUAAAAGUAUAUUUUUGGUCAAAACUCUUAAAAUGUAAUUUAAAAUCGGAUUAAUCUAGCACUGUUGCUAGAUGCACUAAAUAUCUGUUUUUUUGUUGUUUUUUUUUAUUAAACUGUCAUUUAGUGUUCAUGAAGUAAAGGGAGGGUCUGAUAUUAGGUAGAAUUAAAACCCUUAAGACGUUCCAAGAUACCCAUGUUGUGAGAAUUCCUGUUAAACUUGAAAACUAACGCUUUAACAAUAAUACAAAGAGGAGGCGAUACCAUAUCUUUAAGGGACACUGGGUGCUUGUAUAUUGUGUAUAUAUAUCUAUAUAUUUGGUAUACCAUUGUUUGAACUUCCAUCUUUUGCUGUGUUUUUUUUUCUCAUGUUGGUUUUUUCUGUUUAUCUUUUUUUUUCCAUAUAUUGGCAGAAAGUUGCUAGAAAGACAUAUUCCUUUGUUUUUACCUGACAUUUAACUUGUUUAUCAGUGUUUGGUUUAUUGUCUAAUGCUCAGCAUAUAAGAACAUCUACUGUCUAGACUUUUACUGUUGCCCUUUAUUUAAGAUAAACAUUCACCAAUAAGAAUCAAACCUCCACGUCCCUGCUUUGGAGUUCCAUGUAAGGAACAUGAUGUGUUAGUUGUAAUCUGUGGGUCAUUUUUAAGGACCGAUUCUGCACUUGAAAGAAAAAAAAAAUAUUUGGGGUGAACUCUUUAAAAUACAUAUGUUAUCAGUAGAUGCUUAUCAGUAAGCGAAGUUUUGGGGAUUUUGUACUGUGUCCUGUUAUUACCUCUUGAUUAAAUACAGCAACACCACAUUUCAGCUUUUUACCUGUAGUGGGCAAUUUCUCAUACAAGAGCCAGAUAAUAGUAAAACAAUGUGAUCCAUAAAUGUCUACAAAGCCCUUGAAUAGACUGGGGUCAUACAUCCCUUGAAAAGACACAUCCAGGCAGUGGACAGCCCUGUAUUAAAGUUUAAUAAAACUUUGACCUAGCUACCGCUCCUGCAAUAUCCCCAGUAAAACCUCCAAGUAAAUGGAUUCCUGAAAUCUAUUGGUGAUUGUUUAUCUUUUUUUUAAAAAAAAAAAAUGAAAUAAUUCUCCAUUUGUUAACUUCACAAGCUUUUCCAAGAAUUUUACCUGUACAUGAGGAAUGUUAACAGUAAUAUGAUGAGUGUCUUUUAGUGUGGCUUUAGUAUGGCUUCAUUUUAAUAUUGUACAUACAUUGUACUUUGUUUUAUGGUAAUAACGUAAUAAAACUUUAGACUUCA